AUGGCUUCCCAGUUGACCCUCCAGACCAAGGUCAAGCUGCCCAGCGGGCACCAGAUCCCCCAGCUGGGAUACGGCCUCUGGCAGACCCCUGAAGAUGUUGCCGAGGGCGUCUGCAUAGAAGCCGUCAACGCCGGCUACCGACACAUCGACUCGGCGGCUGUCUACAAGAAUGAGGCCGGCUGUGGUGCCGCCAUCCGCAAGAUCUCCUCCACCGUCCCGCGCGACCAGAUCUUUUUCACCUCCAAGGUGCCGGGCCGGUCCCUGUCCUACGAGAACGCAAAGGCCCAGGUCGACAAGACCCUCGAGGUCACCGGGCUCGACUACGUCGACCUCAUGCUCCUGCACGCCCCCUACGGCGGCUCCGAGGCGCGCAAGGAGGCCUGGCGGGGCCUGGUCGAGUGCGUCGAAGAGGGCAAGGUCCGCAACAUCGGCGUCUCCAACUACGGCGUGCACCACCUCGACGAGCUCGAGAAGCACAUCAAGGAGCUGGCGGCCGAGAGGGGCGGCCCGGGCAAGGGCGGCGUCCUGAGCGUCGGCCAGUGGGAGAUCCACCCCUGGUGCGCCCGCAACGACAUCGCCGAGUGGUGCAAGAAGCGGGGCGUUGCCAUCGAGGCCUACAGCCCCCUGGUGCGCGGCGAGCGCUGGGGCGAGCCGGUGCUCAAGAAGCUGGCCGACAAGUACGGCAAGACCGAGGCCCAGGUGCUCAUCCGCUGGUCCCUGGACAAGGGCUACAUCCCCCUGCCAAAGAGCGUCACGCCCGAGAGGAUCAGGCAGAACACCGAGGUCUACGACUUUGCCCUGACCCCGGAAGAGGUCAAGGAGCUUGAGACCACCGAGUACAAGCCUGUCUGCUGGGAUCCCAACACCACCCCCUUGGAUAAAUAG